CUAAUCUCAUUAUCCCUACCUAAUCUAAUCCACCGGGAACAACACCUCCAAGACAUCCACACCUUUUUACACAUGUUGUGCUCCACACAUCAUAUACACAGACUUACCCAUAUGAUAUCGAUGCAUGCGUGGUAAUAUAAUAAAGAAAAAAGAUGUCGGACAUGCAGGAUACGCUGUUGCUGGGCUCAGAGGGAAUCAAGAAAACCAUCCUGCAUGGAGGGACCGGAGACAUCCCAAAACUCUCCACCGGGGCAAAGGUAACGUUCCACUUCCGCACCCAGUUGUGUGAUGAUGAACGUACUGUGAUAGAUGACAGCAAAGCGGUGGGGACGCCCAUGGAGGUAGUGAUUGGCAACAUGUUUAAAUUGGACAUCUGGGAGACCCUGUUGGCCUCCAUGAGGAUCGGUGAGGUGGCUGAAUUCUGGUGCGACACCACUCACACUGGUGUUUAUCCGCUUGUGUCCAAGAGCAUGAGGCGCAUCGCAGAGGGCAAAGACCCAGUCGACUGGCACAUCCACACAUGUGGUAUGGCCAACAUGUUUGCCUACCACAGCCUUGGCUACGACGACCUGGAUGAGCUGAUGAAGGAACCAAAACCCCUCUACUUUGUCCUGGAGCUGCUCAGGGUGCAGCAGCCCAAUGAGUACAACAGAGAGACGUGGGCUAUGAGUGAUGCGGAGAGGCUGAAGGCUGUCCCUGUGCUGCACGGCCAGGGGAACAAGCUCUACAAACAGGGACAGUACGAAAAGGCCACGCAAAAGUACAAGGAGGCCAUCAUCUGCAUCAAGAACGUUCAGACGAAGGAGAAAGCAUGGGAGGUCCCAUGGCUGAAGCUGGAGAAGAUGGCCAACACCUUAACGCUCAAUUACUGCCAAUGUCUACUGCGCAUGGAGGAGUACUACGAGGUCAUUGAACACACCAGCGACAUUAUCAACCAGCACCCAGGUGUAGUGAAGGCUUUCUACCUGCGAGGCAAGGCCCAUAUGGAAGUGUGGAAUGAGGCAGAGGCCCGGCAGGACUUCAGCAGAGUGCUGGACCUGGACCCCGGGAUGAAGAAGGCUGUCAAGAAGGAGCUGGCUGUGCUUAACAUGCGUAUGGAAGAGAAGAACCAGGAGGACAAGAACAAGUACAAGGGCAUGUUUUGACCAGGGGAGACUGCAGCAGAGGGCAGAGAAUCAGAGGAGUGAUGUGCUGAAGGAGAGCGAAGUUGUUUUAUCACAAAUCUCCACCACAUCCAGCUCCCUGCACUGACUUUGACUUGGGUGAAAGUGAAAGUCUAAUUAAAAUAAUCCCGCUUGAUUAGAUCAGGACCUUAUUUAAACCACUCCCAUAUGGUCUGUCUUUCUUUUCAUUCCAAACACAACUGAUAACUGAGUUGAUAUAGAUAGAUAGAUAACUAAACUGCUUUUACUACUGUCCUAAUGCUGUUCUGAUCCAAACAUCCCUGAAUGAUUGCAACUAAUAAAUUGUUGUUGAUUAAAUGUGUCCCACCAGAUUUUAUGUGAGCAAGUAGCAUCGUUGCAUUUGUUUAAAAAAUAUCGACCUUUGCUAUUUUCCCUCAGCAAUGACAAAGAAGUGGUGGCUAAGUCGUCUCUAAAGUUGUGUGAAAUAAAAUUAAAAGCGAGUCCUUUCUCCUGUCUUGUAAGCACGUCGCUCUUCCACAAGGGGGAGCUCUAACUACAA